AUGAAGCUUUUCUUUGUUCGAUUUGAUUUAUUAUCAUUUCUUGUAUAUAUUUUUCCCAAUUCAGGAUAAUAUUUCGAUUAAACUCGAAACUCAAAACGUACAACAUGAAGGCAACAAUCUUGUUAGCUGUUCUAGUGGCAGUAUUUGUCGCAGGUACGGAAGCUCAUUCGCACGCUUGUACAUCAUACUGGUGUAGUAAGUUUUGUGGUACUGCUAGUUGCACACAUUAUCUAUGCAGAGUACUCCAUCCCGGUAAACUGUGUGCAUGUCUUCAUUGCAGCAGGGUAAACAAUCCUUUCAGAGUUAAUCAAAUUGCUAAAAGUAUUAACGAUUUGGAUUACACUCCAGUAAUAAAGUCGAUGGAAAACUUGGACAAUGGAGUGGAUAUGUUAUAAGCAAACUUAUGACAGAAAGAACACAACUAUGUUCCUUUGCUAUCAUUCUCGCUGCUUUUCUCCUUUCUAAAAACUUUGUACGAAACCGGUCAACACAAAGUUUAUCAUCAACCUGAAAACUAUCAAAAGUUGAGUCAUGUAUUUUCAGUUUCAAGUCCAAAAUUUAUAUUAUUAUAUUGAAUGAAUAACAAAGUAUAAAAAACAGUAUUUUUUCCUGCAGCUGUUUUAUCUUUUUUUUUCUCAGUUGUAGUCUUCUGAUUGUAAUAAAUAGCUUGAAAAGCAAA